AUGGCUGUGAAAUCAAGGAGACCAUGGAUGACCGUGAUUUUCGGGGUAUUUCUCGGAUUCACUGCGUCCUCGUGGCUCAUCGUAUCUCAGGUUCUGGAAAGUAAAGGGAAGAAAUCUCCCGCGUGUUUGUACUAUAGAGACUCCUCCGCCGGCAAAGGUCCUGUCCUCGUCGGGCACAAUCAAGCAGUUAAAUACGGGGACAGCCCGCAGGUGAGUCAGGAGGAGGACAGGGUAUUCAGUACGGGGAACAGUAGCGGAGAUACCGGGAGACCCGCAAGCAGACCAACGCAUUUCCUCUAUGUCGGCGUGAUGACAGCGAAGAAAUAUGUGCGGUCUCGCGCCGUGGCUGCGUACAAGACCUGGGUGAGCUCAAUUCCAGGGAAGGUGGAGUUCUUCUCGAGCGCUGGGUCUGGAUCCAUCCACUUGCCCGUCCCCGUCCCGGUGGUUUCACUGGCAGGUGUGGACGACUCCUACCCACCACAGAAGAAGUCCUUCAUGAUGCUGAAGUACAUCCACGACCACUACCUGGAUAAAUACGAGUGGUUCAUGCGGGCAGAUGAUGACGUUUAUAUAAGAGGUGAGAAGCUGGAGCAGUUCCUGCGCUCACUGAACAGCAGCAAGCCCCUUUACCUCGGCCAGACGGGCCUGGGCAUGGCCGAGGAGCUGGGCAGACUGGCUUUGGAGCCCGGAGAGAACUUCUGCAUGGGAGGCCCUGGGAUGAUCUUCAGCAGAGAGGUUCUACGCAGGAUGGUCCCUCACAUCAGUACCUGUCUGAGGGAGAUGUACACCACCCACGAGGAUGUGGAAGUGGGCCGCUGUGUGAGGCGCUUUGGAGGAACACAGUGCGUGUGGUCAUAUGAGAUGCAGCAGCUCUUCUAUGAGAACUAUGAACACAACAAGAAAGGUUUCAUUGAAGAACUUCACAGCAGCAAGAUCCACAACGCCAUUACACUUCACCCCAACAAAAGGCCUGCCUACCAGUACCGGCUCCACAGCUUUAUGCUCAGCCGUGAGAUCUCCAGGCUUUGUUACCGCACCAUCCUGCUCCACCGCGAAGGCCUGAUGAUGAGUUACCUCAGUGAUACAGAAGUACUGUGGGAGGACCAACAGCUAGGCUCCCCCCCUUCCUACAUGCGCUAUAAGCCCAAUGAGAGAAAUGAUGUCAUUGAAUGGGAUUUCCUGACUGGCCGCCAUAUUUAUUCUGCUGCUGAGAAUAAGAUUGCCCGACAAAGCCUUGGCAACUUGCUUCGGACUGCACUUGAAGACAUUAUACUCCAGGUCAUGGAAAUGAUUAACGAGAACUCCAAAACCCGUGGCCGUGUAAUUGACUUUAAAGAGAUCCAGUAUGGCUACUACAGGGUGGAUCCAAUGCAUGGCGCAGAAUACAUCAUAGACUUACUCCUUCUCUACAAGAAACAUAAGGGACGCAAAAUAACAGUGCCUGUGAGGCGGCACGCUUACCUUCAGCAAUCCUUUAGCCGACCCUUCUUUACUGAAACUGAAGAGUUAGAUGUGGCUGAACUCGUGGCUGCCAUCAACUCUGAAUCCCAGUCCCUGUCUUUCCUCUCCAACUCUCUGAAGUUCCUGUCACCUUUCCAGGUCUAUGAAUCAAAUAGAGAAAUGUGGGAGCAAAGCCAAAGAAAGGUCAACAUCCUUGUCCCAUUAUCUGGCCGCUAUGACAACUUUGUCCGCUUUAUGGAGAACUUUGAGAAAGUGUGUUUGAUACCCAAACAAAAUGUUAAGCUCUCCAUCAUUCUGGUGGACAAUGGGAACAAUGAGAACAUAGGAAAACACACUCCGUUAAUCAAAGAGUACAACAGGAAGUAUCCCAAAGCUGACCUGUCCAUCAUCCCCAUGACGGGCAACUUUUCACGAGGACUUGCUCUUGAGCUGGGCUCUUCACAGCUUGAUAAUGACUCUCUACUCUUCUUCUGCGAUGUUGACCUCAUCUUUAGUGGCGAUGCCUUGCAACGCUGCAGAGACAAUGCUGUCCAAGGGAGACAAGUCUAUUUCCCUGUUGUCUUUAGUCAGUACAACCCCAAGAUCGUGUACUCUGAGAAGGCCCCAAGAGAAAACAAAUUUGUUCUGACCAAGAAAAGUGGUUUCUGGCGAGAUUAUGGAUUUGGAAUCACUUGUGUUUUCAAGAGCGAUUUAUUAAAAGCCGGUGGUUUCGACACCUCAAUCUUAGGCUGGGGACUGGAAGAUGUAGACUUGUUCACAAAAGUGAUUAAUUCUGGUUUGAAAGUGUUACGCAGUCAAGAACCAGGAAUUGUCCACGUUUAUCAUCCUGUCCACUGCAACACAAGCCUUGAGCAGAAGCAACACAAAAUGUGCCUUGGGUCAAGAGCAAGUACGUUUGCAUCGACAAUGCAGUUAGCCGAGCUGUGGCUGGAGAAACACAUAGAGGCAGGGUAUAACAGAACUUCAUCCUGACAUUCCAGCCCCCCUGAACUCCUCCAUACCUCCUCGCAGUUAGCUGGAAUGCAGACAGCGAUGGACCGUGUGUUGUUGUGUGACAGUGGGUCACAGGUCUUUGUAGGCUGGACAAUGUGACCAAGAAAGGACCCGUGACUCCAAAGGCCAUUAAGGCCACACACGACCCAAAUCCAAACUGACCAGACAGCAGCGAGGAAUCCAGAGGAAAUAGAACACAAACAUGUUGGAAAUGGAGGAUUUUGAUUGACACAGCACCGCACACACAGUGAAAUCUAGACUCUGCAUUUAACCCGUCCAAGUAUUAGGAGCAGCAGGCAGCUACUAUACAGCGCCCGGAGAGCAGUGUGGGGGUGGUGCCUUGCUCAAGGGCACCUCGGCAGUGCGCAGGAGGUGAACUGGCUCCUCCCAAAGCACCAGUCUGCCGUAAUCGAGUCUAAGAUCGCUACACCCAAGUUGUUGGAGGCCUACAUAACACAAGUGUCUGCUACCUUAUCCAGUUCCAAACCAGCUGGGGAAGCCGCUGACUGAAUCCAAGUUGGCUGUUAGUCGGCAUUGGACAUUGUACAGUUCACUUCAGCAUUACACAUUUAUUGAUAUAUUAUCUACCGUGCCAAUAUAGAGCUUCUGGACCUUACAGCUCUUUAGGGUUUGGGUUAGGGGUAACUAACUCUAACAUUUAUAUUACAUGUGUAAAUGUAUAAAUUGGGGAGUCUCAAGCUUGGGAUUUAUAUUUUUUAAAUGACCCAAAGAACAAGCUAUAUCACCCAAAAUACCUGACGGGAGAUAGCAAGUAUUAUAUUAUAUUAAUUAUGGUUGAAUCAUAAGGAUGUUGAAGUGUUCAGUACGCAGCAGGAUCACCACCUGCAGUAAAACAGUGAAAGGAAUCCUCUGUGAGUCUGCUCUUCACAGUGAAGUGAUGGUGGAAUGUGGAUGGCUGCUGUGCCAUGAGCAGCAUCGUCUGUAGGUGUGUGUGCGUGUGUGUGUGUGUGUGUGUGUGUGUGUGUGUGUGUGUGUGUGUGUGUGUGUGUGUGUGAGAGAGAGUUUGCCUACUUUAAUGUACCUUAAUCUCCCAGUGAAUCUUUCAAAGUUCCCUUGUGCAGACCUGCAGCUGAUGCUGCUCGCUGUCCCUGCCCUGAUUCCUGUUCUACUGUACUUAUAUUAUUUGCAUGUUCUUUAGCAAUUUCUCUCAUUUCCACUCACAAGUCUAGUUGUUUUCUCUCUGACCUGUGGUUGUCAUCAUUUCUUAACCAUUUUCUUUUUUUUUUAAAUGCCAAACCAUCCAGCAGCUCACUGCUGUCCUGACUGUUUUUUUCCAUUAAUCGAAAUGUAACUCUGUAGGACAGCUGAUAGAAUGUUAACAAUGUGCAUAGCAGUGAUCAUGAGUGUGGCGUUUGCUCAAGUCCUUUUAAAAUUCAAGCAAAUACCUAAAUCCUGGUUUGGCCAUAAAUCCAGUCCCUGAACGUAGUUUUACUCGGUUGAAGGGUGGAACAAUUUAGACGAGCUUUGUACCCUUUCAGCAUUGAUUAACAGGUCAAAAGGAAUUUAGAUGUCCAAAUCAAACUGGGAUGAAGUUGGUUGAAAGAUAAUUAGUUUUCACUAGAUGACUAUAUUUCAGUGUGUAGUUAGGACCUUCACAUUGGAAAAUAUAGCCAGUUAUAUGUAACCUAGAUGCCUAAGUAAUGUUUACUGAUCCAUUACUUGAGCCCAGUUGUAUUGUUUACAUCCAGGUGUUUUUGACCUUACUGAGCAGCUGCUUGACAGACUGAAGCAACAUAUGAUGACAUGAUGAGCGUUAUAGGUAAUGUCUAUCUCACGGUAAUGUCUCUCUGUGCGGGAUUAUUCUUUGAAUAAGUCGAUUAUGUCGACAGGGGCGGUGCCACCUUGAUGACCAACAGUUUGACUCCAUCCCCCGCUCACUACCGAAUAAUAGAAGCAAAAAUGCCAAAAAUAAAUCAUCUUGAAAAGAUAAAGUACAUUCGUACAAAAUAAUGUGUAGUAAAAAUCUUCUGUGUUGGCCAAAAUAGGCAGCACAGGUUGGACACAGUAAUGGACAUGUCAUGGUAUCAAACAUAGGGUUAUAUCUAUUCCAAUCACAUGUUGGGCACACCUGACACCGGACACUUUGAACGGCGUUGGCGCAGAACGUUGGCGCAGAACGUUGGCGCAGGGUCAGUUCCUCUGAUGGUACAUUCAGGUACCUGCAGUGCGAUUCCUAUGUUUGUGUGGCCUUCAGUUCUGCACAGUAAGCUUCCAGUUCCAAAGGAUAUUGUUGAACAAAGGUCUUUGCCGUUACUUCAUGGCUUCUACUGGACUCUUAAUUCAUUGUUAUUAUCUUAGCUUUUUCUCCCUGCCGUAGUUAUUAUGACGUUUACACUUCUGCCUCAGGACACAUUUUACCACCUCGUGCAUUGCAGCAUUUUUGCCACCAUGACAAAAAUGUUCCUUGAAUUACUGCAUACAAAAUGUACAGAAACCUUUCUUGUUGUAACAUUUAUCAUAUUGAGAAACUGAGCAAAUAUUUUUUGUCAUGAGUGCAGCAGCUGUGCAGAAUUCUCCUCUAUUUUUUCAGCAAUACAAAAAGAUAAAUAGUGAAGGGAAAAAUGUCAGUUGUGUGUGAUCAUCAGGCUAUCUCUAAGGGAUAGUUAGUGAAUAAAGCUCAAAUAUAUAGCUUAAUAUAUUGAUAGUCAUGUAAUCGGAUUUUAUAUUACAGUUUGUUAUGUAAAAUAAUCAAGUGAGUGACAUGGAUCAGAUUCACGGCACUAGAAACUGUUAACAUUUCUACAGAAGCGCAUUGCAGAAAAAAGGAAGCUGUAUCUUAUAAUAACGAGAAAACAAUCUCCAGCUAUUGUUAUAAUAAGAUAGUUUCCUCCUUAUUAUUAGAUACUAAGCCAGAAUUACAAGGUAAAGACAUUUUGAAAUGAAUGAAUGCACUUCUGUACAUUUGCAUAGCUUCUGUCAAGAGUAUGUUUAUGUUUUUGUCACCCAGCAACAUGGCUUUAAAGUCUGUUAGCAAUAAUAACUGCUAUAGUAACAACUGAUUAUUUAUAAUAAAUGUUUAAACACA